CCCUCAGUCAGCUGGCACUCGGCUUCUCGCAAACAGCUCCGUCCGUGUGGGGGUGGGACGGGCGGGGGGGGGUUCCACGGUCUCAGCUGCGGCCCCCUGUAGCUCCUCCACGAUGGGGGAAAACGACGACGGCGACAUCAUAGAGCACCACGUCGAGGAGGAGAUGGAGAAGAAAGGGACGAGGAGCCACGCAGCGUCCUCCUCCUUCCUGGAGAGCGUCAGCCCGUCGGACAGAGAGGGCCACAGCAGCACCCAGUCCUCCCACAGACUGCUGGCCUACAGCGAUGCGCUCAUCUCCAUCAUCGCCACCGUCAUGAUACUGCCCGUGGCCCACACGGAGGUGGAAGACAACGAGGAGUUGAGGGAGAGCGUCCAGCUCCUGCUGACCACGAAGAUUGCCGUUUACCUGAUGACAUUCCUGAUAGUGACCGUUGCGUGGGCUGCCCACAUCAGGUUAUUCCAAGUGAUCGAACGGAUUGACGACUGCCUCGCCCUGCUGAACCUCGCCUGCAUGAUGCUGAUAACCUUUCUACCGUACACCUUUUCUUUGAUGGCGACUUUCCCCGAGAAAGUCCUCGGGAUCUUACUCUUCUGCGGAUGUGUGAUGGUGAUCGGCGUCAUUCAGUCGGUGAUUGUGCUGUACGCCUUCAGUCGGCCCUUCCUGCUGAACGAACAGAUCCAGAUCUCGGAGAACCAGACCUUCUACAAACACCACAUCCUCAAAGUCAUCAUGAGAGUGCCCCUGAUGUGCUUCUUCGCCAGCAUCUUCUCCUUCAUCUUCUUCCAGCUGUCUUACGUGCUUUUAGCCAUCGUCAUCUUCCUGCCUUACAUCUCCCAGUGUUUGAAGUGGUGUCGCAGCAAAGCGAUUGGUCAGGUGGAGGAGACCCCAGACUCCAUGCUGUUCUACACCUACCUGCCUAACGAACCCCUCAGUAAAGAGCGAGUGGAAGCUUUCAGCGACGGAGUUUACGCCAUCGUGGCAACGCUUCUCAUCCUGGACAUAUGCGAGGACAACGUUCCAGACCCGACCGUCGUAAGGGAGCAGUUUGGCGGCAGCCUGGUAGCGGCGCUGCAGGUCUACGGUCCGGAGUACCUCGCCUACUUCGGUUCCUUCGCCACCGUCGGCCUCCUCUGGUUUGUCCACCAUUCGCUCUUCCUUCACGUCACCAAGACAACGCGUUUCAUGGGCCUGCUGAACACCUUCUCGUUGGCGUUUGUCGGAGGUUUACCUUUAGCCUACCAGCUAACGCACGAAUUCCCGCGCAACUCCCGCAAUGAACUUGAAGCCAUUCAGAUUAGCUGUGUGAUUAUUUUCUUCGCAGGUAUAUUCCAGCUCACCAUUUGGGUGGUCGCUCUUUACAAUGAACAGGAAACUCUGCACCCUUAUGUGCGCUACGGUGGACGUGAGCAUGUGUUCAUGCUAGCUAAGCUAGCCCUGUACCCCUGUGUAGCUUUAGGGACGUUUUUCCUAACAUGUAUUCUGAGUAAAUUUAGCGCCUCAAUUUUCCACCUGAUGGAGAUCACGGUGCCUUUUGCUUUUCUCGUGUUGAGGCUGUUGGUGCGUGUCGUGCUAGCGCUGCUACGGCAAAUCUUCUGUCCCGAUAGGCCCGACCCCAGGACUGUGGUAGAGGAGGAAGAUGAGGAGACGAGAGUGCCAUUCAACGCUUUGGUUGCCUAGCUAGCUUGACGCGAAGUGUCCGCAGAAAAAUUGACAGAGCUAUGAGUCAUUAUCGCUAAAAUACUCGGUCUCUGAAAGAGAUACUGCUUAGAUUAUACCUCUCAUCGGGAGCCCGUUGGGGGUUUGAUUCAGGAACAAAACGGAAAGCGGAAUUUUCUCUGUUCAGCAUUUAAACUGGCGCAAAUCUUGAGAGGGAAUCAAUGCAAAUGGGAUUAGAUGUCACUACGCAUGUUGAAGGCAAAAUAUGGACCCCGCGGAGGUUAAGAAAGCACUAAGCGGACCAGAGUUGUGAAGGAUACUGACAGCCAAAGCCCAUCUCCUCUUCAGCUUCUUUAAAAUGAUAAUUUGAAGAAUGCACUAAUGCUAGUUUUGAUUAGCGAGCAAUCAACAAUCAUUUUAAAGCACUCAAAAGCUCGCUCAAACGCUCAGUAAGGUUUCCUGCUUUGAUUUUUAAUCGCUUGUAAGUCCUGAAGUAGCAAAAAAUCAAAAGUGAGAACGGCUUUUUCUUGUAUUUUCAGGGAUGGGUUCAAAUCAUGUAGCUAGCUCAUGACUUGGCUAAUUACUUCAUUCACCCCUAAACACACAGGUUCAACAGAACAGAAAAAAAACAGGUUUUUACAAUUGUGUCUCGGUUUCUAUGCCAAAUACAGUCCAUCUAACUGCCGUGGUUUAAAAUUCAGCCUUCGUUAUUUAUUAUUGUUAUUAUUUUUAGUGUACUCAGAGAUUUGCUACUCGCGUUCGUAGACACUCAGUCGCAGAAAUGCAUACAUGAGAGCCGAUGGCUGGCGUAUCUCUGAAUACUUUGCACAAGGGAAGUUGUUUUGCUUUGUCAAAUUUUGUCUCCUCUAGGACUUUUGGCCCAGUAUAAAUGUUUGAGUUGACCGGUUAGCUAACGAGCAUGGGUUUAAGUCUGGAGCGUCGGACGCUUCUAACAUUGUGCUGAACGGGUACGGCUGUAACAUUUCGAAUUGCACUAUUUUUUUAAAUAUUUUGAUUCACGUACUUGUGUGUAGUACCAACUGGAAUGUAAUCUCACCUUGUCAAAAUAUGUAACAAUGCCAUAUUAUCUCUACUGUUAUCUUUAACUAGGAAGACUGUGCAUUUGAAUGACCCCUAAAACUGUAUAUUUUAAAGUGGAAAAGGGCCAGAUUAUAGUUUCAGACCUACCGAUUUCAAGUUUUCUGUUUUAAAGCCAUGUCAAUCCAAUAUUUUUUUCAAACACCAGAACAAGUCUGCUGCUGUGUUUCUGUGGAGAGGUUUGUAAAAAAAAAAAAAAAGAGGGUAGUAGAUUUCUCCAGAAGGGGUCACUGUUGUUUCUGUUAAAUAGUCCUGAGAUACUGCCGUGGUGUACAGAAGUGUGUGUUUAACGUUGACUCAAAAGGGGACUCAAAUCCGAGAUGCACUUUAAUGGAAACCUGUUAGGUGGUGGACGAGGGCUUCCUAUACUGACAGGGGGACAAAACAUCAGAGUUUGGAGGAGUGACAACAAAAGACUGUUGAAUUAUUGCUUUUUUUUAAGACAAAAAAAGUCUGCUGGCCCCGAACGUGGGCAAGUAAAAAGCUUGUUUGUGAUCGCUGGACACUUAUUUCAUAUCUUUGGCCUUUUUUUUUUUGUUUGUUUGUUUUGUUUUGGUUUGGUAAUUGGAGAAUUAAUUAAGAUCCAGCACUGUUUCACGUGCGUAUUGAGAAUUAAAUACCUGAAUUUGUUUGCCAUUCAUCACGAUGCUCUUUGGAUCCAAAAUAAUGAGCACAACAUUUUGUCAGAUAUUUUCACCCGAUGUAAAACAGCCGAGUCUCAGAGACAUGUAGCCUCUUUCGAGUCCCAACCACUCGCUUUUAGCAGCACGAUCUUUAAACCAAAUAACCGCUCAGAAAUCUCAUUCUUAAAUUCAUCUCUCUCUCUCUCGUUGUCGCUCCUCCAACAUAGCAGCGUGUUUAUCAAGGGCCAGUGGAGACAGAUUCCUGUUGUCAAAGCUUAGCUGGGCUGUUUGUGUGUGUGACGGCUACGCGAGUUCAAACACUGCAUCUGCUCCUUCACACGCCAUUGUUUUGUGAAUAAA